UUCGGAACACUUUUGAAUGUUCGUUAGGAAAGUCGAAAGGUGUCAGGAUUAACGUGAAUAAAAUUCAAAAAAUGACUUGAAUUCUGUGGUCAAAAUGGAUAAUAAGCAUCCGAGAAAGAUUUUGAAAUCACCAGUCGCUAAAAGAAGGAGUAGACUUGUUCCUAAAGAUCAAAAGGUAACUCUAGAAAGAGUUCUAGGAUUUACAGCCACCAGUAAUGCAUUAGUAGCAUGUGACCCAAACACUAGUACCAUAGCAUAUCCUGCAGGAUGUGUGGUGGUGUUAUAUAACCCCAAGAAAAACAAACAGGGUCAUAUAUUCAAUGUGUCGAAGAAGACUCUCACGUCCCUGGCAUUCUCUAGUGAUGGUAAACAUCUUGUCACAGGGGAGAGUGGUUUUCAACCAGCUGUACGGGUAUGGGACGUAGCAGAAAAAACGCAGGUUGCAGAGUUUCAUGGUCACAAGUUUGGCAUCAGCUGUGUGGCAUUUUCGCCCAAUCUGAAGUAUAUUGUAUCUAUUGGUACUCAACAUGACAUGCAGGUCAAUGUAUGGAACUGGAGGACUGGGUCAAAGGUCGCAUCCAACAAAGUAUCUAGUAAGGUGUCUGCAGUAUCAUUUUCGGCAGAUGGUUCAUACUUUGUUACUGUAGGUAUGAGACAUGUAAAGUUCUGGUAUCUUGACAGCAGCAAGUCAAAGAUAAACUCUAUAACAUUACCAUUAAAUGGUAGAAAUGGUAUAUUGGGAGACCAUAGGAACAAUUUUUUCUGUGACGUAGCUGCGGGCACUGGUAGUUUAGAAAAGAGCACAUUCUGUGUGACACAGUCUGGGUAUCUGUGCCAGUUUAACGAGAAACGUCAGAUGGAAAAAUGGGUAGAACUGAGGUCAACAUGUGCCAAUGCUAUAUCAGUGGCUGGUAAAUAUAUAUUUGUCGGUUGUGCUAAUGGUAUAGUGCGAGUAUUUAACUCGUCAACGUUACAAUAUGUGGCGACACUUCCACGACCUCACUACCUCGGUGUAGAUAUUGCUGCUGCUGUCAACCCAAGUCAAUUAAAUUCUGUAAAAGAUACAGACAUUAGAUAUCCUGACACGAUAGCUAUACAAUAUGAUGAGGAACAUAAUAAGGUGACAUGUAUAUAUAAUGACCACAGUAUGUAUAUAUGGGAUGUCCAUGACUUGAAGAAGAUUGGUAAAGCCUGGUCAUUCCUCUACCAUAGUUCAUGUGUGUAUGGUGUAGAGGUAUACCCAAUACUGGAGCCCGGCAUGAAGUCAGUACUGCCUCCACAUUCAUUCUUCACAUGUUCCAGCGAUGACACUAUACGAAUAUGGAACUUAGACCCACACAUGGCCGAAACACCAACUUAUAAAAGCAAUAUUUAUUCACAUGAUUUAUUGAAGGUGAUGUACAUGGACCCAAGUUUAACUUCUCUCUGUGAUAUAGACUAUAAUCCUUCUGGUGCUACUGAUAAGACGGACACAAACUAUGAUGACAAGAAUGGUAUACGUUCUAUACGAGUCAGUCCGGAUGGUCAACAUUUAGCUUCCGGUGACAGACAAGGAAAUGUCAGAAUUCAUGAGUUAGAGAAUUUGAUAGAGAUUAAACAGAUAGAAGCUCACGAGUCCGAGGUCUUAUGUCUCGAAUAUUCUCGCUGGAAAAAUGGACCAAAGUUACUUGCAUCAUCUAGUCGUGACAGAUUAAUCCACGUGUUUGACACGGAACAACAGUAUGGUCUGUUACAAACAUUAUCUGAUCAUUCCUCUUCUAUCUCGGCUGUUAAAUUCACCGACACAGAUAACGAGUUAAAAAUGAUCUCGUGUGGGGCAGAUAAAUCUAUACUGUUCAGAAAUCUACAACAGGAUCCAGAGUUUCAGUUUACAUUAGCUACACAUCAAGUAGAGAAGACAACAUUAUAUGACAUGGUAGUUGAACCAACUCAUAAAUUCUCAGCCAUAGCUUGCCAGGAUAGAAAUGUCAGGAUCUACAAUAUAAAGACAGGAAAGAAGAAGAAGGAAUACAAGGGUUCGCUAUCAGAUGAUGGUACGUUACUCAAAAUGAAACUUGACCCCUCCGGCACGUUUGCUGUCACAAGCUGUAGUGAUAAGAACCUCUGUAUAAUAGACUUCUAUUCUGGUGAAUUACAAGCUACGAUGUUUGGUCACUCGGAGAUUGCUACAGAUGUGAGAUUCAUGAAUGAUCUAAGACAUUUGAUAUCUACGUCAGGUGAUGGGUGUAUAUUUGUGUGGAGAUUACCUCAAGAUAUGACCAACCAGAUGCAGAGUCGACUGAAGGAAAUGGGACAAAUAUUACCACAUUUAACUAAUGGAAGCAUUAAACUAGAUCCACUGAAAGUAUUUAAGAAUGAUGAUAUAGAUGGUAGUGUGGCACCAGAGAGGGAAUAUUUCAGUCCAGAGAGAGUACUAAAGGAGAUGUACCCGGCCCAGUACUGUGGUAGUCAGAACAACAUUAGUAACAGUCCCUCCCCCUCACCCAGGGAUAAUCUGGACUACAGGUUCAGCAUUAGUCAACUUCCAAGCUGGGCAAAGAAAAAGUUUGAGGAUUCAUCUGGAGAAAGUACUGAGAAUAAGCCAGAUGAUGAUGAUGAUGCUGGGUCAGGUCCGGCUCCCCGAGGGCGCUGGGCUCAGAGGGCUGAGGGACAGGGACCAACAAUUAAAACUCAGGAUGGGAAAUCAGUGGAUGUAGAGUCUGGAGGUAAUGGAGAAUUCUCGUCAAGUCAGGUAGCCGAUGUGAGAAGAGAAACAAUGGUGCUGAAUAGACCAUCUACAACACCAACUAAUAUGCCAGUGAUAUUUGAUGACAUUAACAAUGAUGAAGAUGAUGAUGAUUUUCUACCUGUAUCUUCUAAAACAUUUGUAAAACAGGACACUCAAGAGAAGUCCGAUGUCACAUGGGAUGACUUAUAUAAUUUUGAGGGUGAUGACAAUGACCAGGAUAAGACAGAGAUUAUUUACUACCCUCCAUCUGAGAGUGAUGGUUCUGAUACACUGCCCAGUUCAUAUCAAGUAUUUGAUGCUGGUUUGAAUUCUGAUCGUACAUCACAUCAACUGAGACAUUCUAUAUCAAUGAACAGCAAUCCAGAUGCAGAUUCUGAGACAACAGAUCCAGUAUCACUAGAAGAUGUAGAUGAUGAAGAUGAUUCUAUGCCCAGUACACCGAUGGAUGAUAUCCCUAAAUCACAAAAUAGGGAAAAGUUCUUAAAAGACACAUUUGAGAACCUAAGUUUUACACCGGGGUUACCGACAGAUAAGUUUGUGAAGGGUUUGGAUACACUAGAAGAAGAGAUGGCAUCUAACCCGGCUACAGGGGGCAUUAACUCUCGUCAAAGUCUGUCAGCCAGAUUCCUCUCUAAAUCACAGGCAGCUAAUCUAAGGAAUCAGGGACCAUAUGGCAGUAUACAGAGACAAGACAACUGGUUUGACUCAGUACAGAGAAGAAAAGAUGACAUGGCCAGAAAUCUGGAUGAAAGUAGGAAAAUGUUGAUGGCUAUGGGUUGGAAGCAGGAGAGCCCAGAAGCAGACGGUGAUGACCCGUUCACUGAACCCCGUACCUCCCCCACUUCCCCCAAGCUUGAUAGCACCCCAACAUUACAACAGGUUGGUCAGUCAGAUGCGGGUAGUGAUGAUAAUAUACCGGACGACCUUAUAUCACGAUUGAGAGAGCAACCUGACCCACCGCCCAGCCCUAGAACGCCUAAAACUCUCCGUCGCUGCUGGUCAAACUUUGACCUACCAAAGAGCCCUAUACCUGAAGGGAAGCCAAUCAAAUUACCAACUCGGAAACGAUUGGAACGAUCUGUGAGUUCCUCUAACUUCUCCAAGUCUCGGGAACAUCAGCAGACGCCAACUUCCAGGACAACACUUUCCUCUACAGCACGCCCUAGAACAUUACCAUUGGACAGAUCAGGUGGUAGGGUAACCCCUACUGAUAAAUCAACCAAUAAAUCACAAGGUAGAAUAAGAAAAGACACACCCACUGGACCACAACCUUCUUCUAGUAAAAUGUCUGAAUAUAAAAAGAACUCCAGACUGUCUACACCAAACCUCAGUAAGGUCACGGUUAUCUCACCUGAACCUAGAAGAAAAUCUGCGGGCAGUAAUCUGUCAAAAUCAAAAUCAAACUCGAUGACUAAUUUAUUAUCUGAUGAUGAUGAGCAGGAGUUGACCCCUCGAGGCACAAAUCGUAGACCUCGAUCAAAAUGGUCUACAUCAAAGAUGACCUCUUUUGCUUCAGUGCCAAAUUUAUUAAAUCCAGAUGAUGAUGGUAAGUUAUCAUUGAGUAGUUCCCGGGAGUCUGAUCUCUCUGAUAGAAGUAAACAAGAUAUAAAUGAUAAUGUUAUCAGUGAUAGAAAAAGUGACAAACAAACUCGAACAACAAAAAGCCCGGCACAAGUGGGCAACUCGGCAUUAAAAAGCUCUAAAAGAGCUGCUUCCACUAGUAGAUUGUCAGGAGAAAAUAAAAGUAGUACAGAUGAUAAGAAAGGGUUUAGCAAGCGAGUCACAUCUAGUGUAACAAAUUCAAAAACUGUUGUUAAAGGUAAAGAUCGCGAUUUGAUGCCUCCGCCUGCUGUAACUAAUGUAGCAAAAACCAAACAGGAAACAAGAUUUAUGAAACGUGCUCAGCAACCUAGACGAAAAACCACCGGAACUUCAGAGCUCACAUUUGAAGAGGCAAAAAAUAUUCUCAAGGGUAAUUCUGGAAUUUUAGAUGGGAAGAAAGAGAAGAGAUCCUCAUCAACAUCCCCUUCUAGAAACAGAUCAAGUCUUUCUUCUGUUGAAUCAGGUUUAACUGGUAGUGAUAUAGGAGAAAUAACUGAUCCCGCAAUACUAAGCACUGCAUCAGAGAUUGAAAUGACAGCGGCAGAAUUACGUAGAAAAUCUGCUCCAUCUUCUAACGUGAAUUCUGGGUUUGAACUUGAGGCAAGUCCUCAAGAUUUACCUGAACGUGACAUUCCACGCGAACGUGAUACAUCUAGAACUCAUGCUAAAACAUCAAAUAGUGAUAAACUAAUUGGUGUGAAACCUCACCCACUUAAAGGGUUGAACACUGAUAUUUGUGCUGAAAGUAAAAACUCUCUCAGAGAUUCUGGUGUUUUAGCACAAGAAGAUGACGAAUGUCCUUCUCCUAGUGUGAAAGAAAGAAUAGCAAGAUUGAAUAAUAAGGUAAAAGAUCCAGAUAGACAGCAAACACCAAGCCCCUUUAGAGGCAGGCAACGCUCUGUUAGUCCAGAGUGGGAAAACUCUAGACAAACUUCUUCAAUUCAAAUAAAUUUUUCAAGUCCAUCAUCAACGUCAUCUAGUUCUUCCCAUUCUAUUCCUCCCAAAGAUAAAACAGAUACAGCUGGUACUGUUACCAUGACAACAAAAAGUGCAUCUCCUAAAAGGGUACCAGUCACUGAUCCUGUAGAAUCAUUCCAGUCUGGUUCCCAAUAUCUCAGGGAUCACAUACAUCAACAAACUGAAGGGACCAGUCAUUUAAUAUCAGGAGGGUCAGAAAUGUCAACAUCAGCUCAAAGUCUCAGCCCACCAGCUGGGUUAACGUCUAGCCUCGACUCGGAGGGACUGUCUCAUCAUCUGUCUCCUGGUAACCAUAGCAACACAAGUCCUCGUAGUGUAGCAGAUACAGGGCUUGGAUCAGACACAGACCUAGAAAAUAGUCAAACAUUUAGGAGGGAUCAACUUCUGACCAGAGCUGAUCCACAUUCCAUAUUAUUAGAGUCAUUGGACCAAAUACAGACUGCUGUUUACAGAGUGACACAGGCCUUCCCACAGCUGGAGGACAGUGAGGAUGUUAGAGCUGUUGAGGUGAGAAGACAAUGUAGAGAGAGACUGCCAGCCUUGAUUAACUCUCUAUAUAACACCAUCGGUCUUACACCACCUAGUAACCACGGCAACAACAACAUGACACUUGUCUCCAGGGAAACCAUAGAUAAUCUGUACCAACAAAUUACAGAAAUACACAAACAGGCUAACCAGUCAUGAGUUAAUAUA